AUGGCAUCAGCAUUAGUCAUUGGGUCAACCGGAAAGACAGGCUCUCACAUCCUAUCAACCCUUCUCUCCCUACCACCAUCACAAGUAUCAUCCGUACAAACCAUCUCACGUCGCUUGCCUCCACAAGCAUCAGAGAAAAGUAGCUCCACGACCACAAAGCUCAACGCCCACAUAGAAAAGGACACCUCAAAAUGGGAGAGCCUCAUCCCCUCCUUAUCACCAAUCCCUCAGAUCGUCUACUCAGCUCUCGCAACAACACGCGGUGACGCUGGUGGCUUUGACAAGCAAUACCUCAUAGACCACGAUCUGAACGUUGAUCUCGCGAAGAAAGUCAAAGAAGCCGGCGUGCAGACCUACGUGCUGAUCUCUGCCGGAGGAGCUGACGCCACCUCAGUCUUUGGAUACCAGAAGAUGAAAGGCGAGACUGAACGUGAUAUACAGGCCCUUGAAUUUCAGCAUACUGUCUUCGUGCGACCUGGGCUGAUCACGGGCCGAAGAGAGGGUUCACGGCCAGCUGAGACAGCGCUGAAGUGGAUUGCGGAUGGGUUGGGCUAUGUUAGUGGUGGUCUGUUGAAGGAUGGCUGGGCACAGGAUGGCGAUGUCAUUGGAAGAGCUGCGGUGAGGGCUGGAUUGAAAGCACAGAGGGGGGAGUACAAGGAUAAGGUGCACAUUGUGCAGAUGAAGGAGAUUUUGGAGCUAGGAAGGCAGCCUUUGACAGAGUUGGAGAAGUCGACGUUGUGA